AGCGACGUGUCCUUGUCCCCCGUGGGCAGGCUCUGUGCGUGCAGCCGCGGAUCCCCAGGGCCACUCACCUCUUGGGUCAACCAUUCCAGAACCAUGAAGACCAAGAACCGGCCCCCGCGGCGCCGGGCACCGCUGCAGGACACAGAGGCCACCCCUGAAGAGAGGACUCCUGAGAGGUCUCAGGCAGGCUCAGGGCCAGAGCUGACCAAGGGUCUGAGGAACAGGGCAGCCAAGGCAGCAGGGGCACGGGCCGAGGUGGCAGGGCGGCGGCGACAAGGACCAGGUGGCCGGCGUGACAACAGCAUCCAGCGGCGGCUGGAGAGCAAUGAGCGGGAGCGCCAGCGGAUGCACAAGCUCAACAAUGCCUUCCAGGCCCUGCGUGAGGUCAUCCCGCACGUGCGGGCUGACAAGAAGCUCUCCAAGAUCGAGACGCUCACGCUGGCCAAGAACUAUAUCAAAUCGCUGACCGCCACCAUCCUCACCAUGUCUAGCGGCUGCCUGCCCGACCCGGCAUCCGGCCCGAAACUUUACCAACACUAUCAGCAGGCCACUGGGGGCGCGCUCGGAGACACUGAGGCACAGCCGCAGGGCCAUCUGCAGCGAUACUCCACGCAGAUCCACAGCUUCAGAGAGGGCAGUUAGCG